UAUGCUGGGCCUAGUCCAACGAAAGUCAGUGGGGCUAAUCUUCACCUGCAACGAAAGUCGGCACCCACAAGGAUCUUUUUGGAGCUCCGAUUCCUGUCAAGCUCUGAGGCUCGGGAGGCGGCACUCCGCUGUUCUGCUACUCAAGGCCAGUCACCACUCGUCUCCUAUCAAUCGACCUGCAGUUCUUCCCCUGGCCUGGAAACGCCUUACCUUUCGGCGGUCAUGGGUUAUUCAAAGGAACAGCUGCUUGCUCUCUUAAAGGAUCUUCAGAUUGAAUUUUCCAAGUAUGAACAUCCAGCUGUUUUGACAGUUGAGGCUCAGCACUCUGCAUCUGCUUUAUGCCAGGCAAAAUAUGUUGGAAACAAGGGGGGAGGACUAAGUAAAAAUUUAUUCUUGAAGGACAAGAAACAAAGGUUUUAUAUGGUCUCUGCUCUAGCAGAUACCAAAGUGGAUUUGAAAGUGUUAUCUCAGCGGCUCGGUUUGGGGAAAGGAGGUCUGAGAAUGGCGCCCGAAGAGGCUUUAGGAGAAAUACUUAAGGUGCCCUUGGGUUGCGUCACUCCAUUUGCAUUAGUGAAUCAAUCAGCACGAGAUGUCUCCCUGUUAUUGGAUCAAGGGUUCAAGGCUCAGCAGCACUGCUUCUUCCACCCUCUAUCAAAUGACAUGUCCAUAUCUCUAAAUGCCCAUGGUCUUGAUAAAUUUCUUAAAUCAAUAGAAAUUGAUCCCGCGUAUGUUGAUUUGGAGGCCAAUCCAACCGUGGGAAAAGAUCUACCCCCUGAUCUGGCCACACUAGUUCCAUCUGGUUCAAUAGUUUUGGCAGAUCAACCUGAAAAGCAACCUUCUCCACAGGUUCCUAUAGAUAAAAAUCAUGUUUCUGCUGAUAGUAAGCCCACUAUGGUUUCAGCAAAAGGUGCGAAGCCAUCCAUUAGUGAGAAAAAUAGCAAGGGAAAACCAGUCAACAAUGCUCCAUUGCAGACCUCCUUUGCUGAUGUUGGCCAAUUCGUCGAAGAGAUAUUGCAUAGGACUUCAGACUUACUGCUUUCAGAGAUCAAGGAAGAAACCAUAAAGCAACAUGGAGAGCAGCUGGCUACUGUGGUAUCUGACAGUCUACGGAAAGGUCUGAGCUCUGAUUUGAAGAGCCUUGCUGUGAUGUUCAAGAACACCGCAUACACAGAAGGGUUCCAUGCUGGCGCUCACCAUCAGCCUAAACGCUUGUGAAGGCAAUGACUACUCAAGCCUAUUUAACUAAUGGGGUAUUUUGUUCGAUGCUUUGUGAUGGUGCGAUGAAAAUAUUUGGUGCUGAAGAGGAGAUGAAUUGAACAAAUUUGAUGAGUAUGGUACCUGCGAUGAAAAUAUUUGGUGCUGAAGAGUAGAUUAAUUGAACAAAUUUAUAACAGGGCGCCGUUAUGUAUGCUAUUUUAACAUAAUACAACACAAAUUAUUUUUUA